UCUCCCUCACACACACACUCUCGGCUUGCAGAGAAUGAGAGGAUAAACGUACAGACAGGAAGGACUGACCCAAGAGCGUUAGAGAGAGAGAUAGCGAGAGAGAGCCAGAGCGAGGGAGAGAGGGACGAUCCAGCACCCAGUCGUUACGCUUCCAGGGAUAGCAGAGAGAGAGACUACAGAGCCAUACUACUACAAUAUCCCUGUGUCCUGUAAUUUUGGAACUUUUUCACUUUAAUUUAACUUUUUUUCACAACCUUCUUUUUUUAAUAUAACAAUAAUUGUUUUCAUUCUGAAGCAGAGGACCUGGCUGUUACUUCUUCUUGUGUUCUCUGGGAUCUUUCUAAUGCUACUCUGCCCUCUGGUCUCCAGUGAUCAGCACACUGUGGACCAGGGACCUCUCUGCCCCUGACAAGGCAUCGUGGAGAGGCUGCUUGGCUGCUUGUCGUCAGGUCUGGGUUGUUGCUGCUUCUUCUUUGCAGGGAAUGACCCUAGGAGUUGUGGGAUUGGUUGCACUACAGGGACGCUCCUGAAAAGCCUACGGAGGGGACUCAAGGUGAAGGAAGGGAAGGGAAGGAAGGCGCUGUGGCCCCACAGAACUGAGAGAACUGCUCCCCCCCUCCCCAACCCCAAGACGCUCCAUCCCAUUGCAGCAUGGAUCUCCCCCCAUUCAGAGGUCUGGAUGGCCUCUCACAGAGAAAGGAAGGGAACUAUCCCCUCAGGCCAUUUGGCAAGGGUGCGACGAGAGGAGGAGAGGAGCAAAAGGCCCUAAAAACCAGGACCAGAUACAGCAUAUUAGGGUCUUUCUGAUGUGCCGUGAGAGGUGCGAGCCCCCCGCCCCAUUCCCGACACCCUCCCUGGUGCUCCUUCUCCCAGGACCAGGAUGGACCCUCUCCCGGGUCAUGGCCCUCCACCAGUCAGGAGGGACGUUGAAGGGCUGGACCUCCAGCAGAUGCCUGUCCGCUCCCUGGACCAGAUCCGCUCCAUCCGCGCCAACAACGACUAUGUGGAGCGCCCUGUGACCCUGGACCAUGCCUCCCAGUCCGGCUUCUUCUACGCCCACGAUGACCGCUACCCCAUCACCCACGGAUACCCUCCUCAAGGUUACUCUCAUGGUUACCCUCAGGGGUACCCUCUCCCCCGGAGCCAGAGCCAGCAGCAACACACCCACCUUGCCCAUCUGAGUCGCUCCAGUACUACCAGUUCAGCCAUGUCCCGGACCAGCGCUGCCUCCGACCAGAGACUCCUGGUGGGCCUGACGCCCUCCCACUCUGGCCUGGCCUCGGUGGUGCGCUCCCAGCCUAAAGGAGAACUCAAGCCUGAGGCUUCUCUGGGUAAAGGCCUGGUGGAGGGAGAGGACCUGGGCUUGCACCUGUUUAUCUGUGAGCUCUGUGGGAGGUGUAAGUGUCAGGAGUGCUGCGCCCCGCGGAGCCUGCCGUCCUGCUGGGCCUGUGGGCAGCGCUGCCUUUGCUCUGCUGAGAGUGCUGUGGAGUAUGGCACCUGUCUGUGCUGCGUUAAGGGCCUUUUCUAUCACUGCUCCGCUCAGGAUGACGAGGACAACUGUGCUGACCGGCCCUGCGCCUGCACAUCCGCCCACGCCUGCACCCGCUGGGGCACCAUGGGCCUUCUGGCGCUGUGCCUUCCCUGUCUCUGCUGCUACCCACCUGCCAGGCUGUGCCUCGCCCUGUGCCAGCGGGCCCACGACCGAGCCACCCGCCCCGGCUGCCGCUGCAGCAACACCAACACCGUGUGCCGCAAGAUAUCCACCUCCAACCCCAACCCUGGGCACACCCCCUUCUGCAGCAAGUCCCUGGAAAAGCCUGUAUGACAGGGCUGCAGCGGGAGUCAGCCAUCGCCUAGACAACGCAGUCUCAGUGACAACAUUACCAUUACAACAAACACUGUUGCCGUGACAACGCCAUCACCCCCCCACCCAUCCGUGACCUACCUACCGUGACCUUUCACCUUACGUACCUUCCAUACUUCUCCUCCUGCCUGAGGAGAAAUGACCAAAAGCUUUACUGUACGUCACUGUAACUGUACUGUACAUGUGGAGACUUGAGCCGAAACCUGAAAACCACCUGGUGCUUUUUGCUGAACUGACUGCCAACCUUAACCUUACUGUGUUACUGUGUGGGCAUACUGCCUCUACCUUCCUCUUACUUUGUGGGCCAGCAUAGCGUACAUACUGUGGCUCUGCUCUGUGGGAUGGACUGGGGUUCCUCACUGUGCUGUGUGAUGGACUGGGGUUCCUCACUGUGCUGUGUGAUGGACUGGGGUUCCUCACUGUGCUGUGUGAUGGACUGGGGUUCCUCACUGUGCUGUGUGAUGGACUGGGGAUCCUCACUGUGCUGUGUGAUGGACUGGGGUUCCUCACUGUGCUGUGUGAUGGACUGGAGUUCCUCACUGUGCUGUGUGAUGGACUGGGGUUCCUCACUGUGCUGUGUGAUGGACUGGGGUUCCUCACUGUGCUGUGUGAUGGACUGGGGUUCCUCACUGUGCUGUGUGAUGGACUGGGGUUCGCUCUGUUAGACUUGACCUAUUUAUUAUUUAUUGGACUUCCUCCUCAGUGAGGUAGAGAGAGACAGAGAGAGCAGACCAUGUGUGACUCUGAGUACAGUGAGUAAAGCUACUAGAACAAAUCUCAACACAGCCAUUAAUAAAAGGAGUCUCUGGCAAAUGUAUAUUCCAGGCAUGAGAUAGACAGAGACUGGGUGGUCUACAGGGAGUCUACAGGGUGUGCCUCCUUCCAUCCCCUCCCUCCCUCCCUGCCGCUCUGAAGAGGCAUCCUGGAGCCGACCAACUGAAUGGACAUACAAGAUGUGUCAAUGACGGACAUUUUCUUUGAGGCUGAUGCAAAGACCCUAUCCUAAUGGUGGAACAAACCUCUGAAAUAGAAAAGUGUAUUACUGUUUGACACACCAAAAACGGACCAUGAUGUACCAGGUGAAUCUAAAGUGAUUAAGCACAUUUGAUAUGGAUUGUCUGUAGUGUUCCCCAGCUGUCUGUCAUACGAACAGACUAACCUGGGGGG